AUGUCUCAUAUUACAAAGUUGGCAAAGGGCUCGACAGUGUCCACCUUACUCAGAUCAAACAACAUUGGUUUGGGAUACACAGUUAGAUCAUUCCACAGCACUCUUCCAAAUGCUGGUGCAAGAUGGGAUGACAAGCCAAAGCAACAACCAUCACUCAAGAACAUCAUUGAUGAGACAGCAAACACAUUCUUCCUUACAGAGAUCAUGGUAGGUCUAUACAUCACUAUGGGAUACUUCUUCAGAAAGAAGGCAACGAUCAACUACCCAUUCGAGAAAGGUCCCCUCUCGCCACGUUUCCGUGGUGAGCACGCACUGCGACGUUACCCAACUGGUGAGGAGCGUUGCAUUGCCUGCAAGCUCUGCGAGGCCAUCUGUCCCGCACAGGCCAUCACCAUUGAGGCCGAGCCCCGUAAGGACGGCUCACGUCGUACCACCCGUUACGACAUUGACAUGACCAAGUGUAUCUACUGCGGCUACUGUCAGGAGGCAUGUCCCGUCGAUGCCAUCGUCGAGGGUCCAAACUUUGAGUAUAUAACUGAGUCAAGAAUAGAGUUAUUGUACAAUAAGGAGAAGCUGUUGGCUAACGGUGAUAGAUGGGAGACUGAGAUUGCAGCAAACAUUGCAGCUGACUACCUAUACCGUUAA